AUGGAAGACAGCCUCUCCCACUUCCAAAGAACUCCCUGGGUUGCGCAGUUGCUCCGCGACAACGACUUCAUCACUUCGCCACUGCCGUCCCGCGUCUACAAGUCCACAACAACCGAGGAUAGACUCUUCUCAGCAACAAUCAAAUCCCCCUCCACAAUUGCAGAAUGCCUGAUGCAGUACCGCCGUCCGGCACCAGACAGCAAGCCAUUUGCUCCAAAAGCGAUACCGACAACAGAGGUCCGCGUUUUCUGCACCCUCGGUACAGAUCUGGACGGCUUUCCGGGUAUUCUGCAUGGCGGGAUGGUUGCGACUCUGCUCGAUGAGUUCACGGGGCUCAUAUUGAGCCUGAGCUUGGGAGGCGGAGAGCCUGGUCAAGAUGGGCCUGUGACAGCCUAUUUGAACACCAAGUUUCUUGGCCCUGUCUUGACACCCAGUACUGUGGUAGUGUCAGGGCGGAUUACCGAGGUCAAGGACAACAGGAAGUGGAAGCUGAAGGGAGAUAUCAAGGACGAGAAUGGAUCAGUAUUAGCAGAGGCAGAGUCUCUUUUUAUUCUACCUAGGAGAGCCAGCAACAAGCUCUAG